CAUUUUGGCCUCUAGAAAUAAAAAUUUCAAAUUUGCCUCUUUUAUAAAAAGAAAUGCCUAAAUUUCUGUAUUGCCUGCUAUUCCUUGCGCUGACUACCCUCCAUAUUUGCGCCCAUCUGCAUCCAGUGGUGGAGGCCAAUGCAACCAUCAAGUCGAAUUAUCCGGAAGUGGAUCGCAGCAUGAAGCUGAAAAUUGGGUACGAAUACCAGAAUUCGAUGCUCAUACAGGCGUUAUUCCACUCGGCCUUGGUGCUGGUGGGUGUUUGGCGUUGCCGGCGGCAUACAGUGAAUACAGAAGAGCAGCUGCUGCAGUUGGUGGCAUCCAGGCCGAACAUUCUAAAGACGAGCUUCACGGACCUAACGCCAGCGUUGAAACUGAAGCAGCUGGGCGUUUGGUUGUGGUAUGAGAAGCGACGCCUUCUUCCGCUCCAGAACUACUUCUCGUGGUUUCAUCUGCCCUGGCUAAUUACUGCUGCGGUCUGUAACGUCCUUAACUACAUGCGUCUGAAUCUGGUGAUGCAGCAUUUUUGCGCCACUCAGCUGGAGGUGUUGGUCCUUUAUAUUCGUAUGCAAUUGCUCUUCCUCGGACAUGUGGCAGCCGCUGCGCUACAGCCCUAUUGGACCCAUAUGGCGGACGUGGUGCAGGGCUUGUCGACAGCACAUGUUAGCUACAUUAGCUACGAUACGGGCCUGCUGCUUUGAAGCCAGCUCGGGUGUUUCUUUGGACCUUAACGUACACCGUGAAAUGAUUUGACGAACUCACAAAACACUUGAAUGCCUUCUCAGUCCACAUAGAACUCUCUCUCUCUACAUAUUUUUUGGUCAAUAAAACUGCAUUUGUUAUUCCCGAAA